UGGACAUUAGACUUGUUGCAUUUCUUCAGGCUGUAGUGCCAGCUAGUUUCGUCAUCAUGGAUUUAUUCCUCGUAAGAGCAGGCUACUAUGUCCCUCACCCUCUCUUAUCUCAAAAACCUUAGCUCUUCACUUUUUUCCUCAUCCUGAUCCUCGCAAUAUGGCUGACUCGAAAUUGUUUCCGUCUCUCCUUGAUCAGGACUUAAAAGACGCAAUUGACACUCACCGGAUUUCCCUGCGGAAGGUAGCACCCAGUAUUCCCCGUUGUCAUUGUACUACCCCCUAGCCUGCCUCACGAAUGUGAGCGCCUCUUUGGUUGCUAGAGUCUAAAUAUCUGCUAUGCCUACUAAGAACUCUAGGUUACACACAGUCAGCGGUGCUUUAGCAGCUGUGUGCCCGUAGUUUGUCGCUCGCACCAAGUGCGCAUGCCUAUAACCGUCUUUGUGCUCCAUCACGUGUGUAGGGUAGGCCUCACCCUGUGGGCCCUACCCUAGAGACAAGAUUUCUGGAAAAACAAUCAACUCCAAAUGCGCCCCCGAUCUCACUCAUGGCCCCCACCUCAGGGCGUCAAGGAUGAGACUCGCCGGGUCCGUAGCACCCUCGCCUCUCUUGCGAGUGAGUUUGACAGCUCGCUUCGCUGGCAGAAGCGCAGGGAGGAGGAUAAUCGCUACAUGACUGACAAUGUUCGAAAACUCACCGAACACUGCCAGAAGGCUACAGUCACGAAAGAGCGCACCAAUCUUCGCUCCUCGUCCAUGUUUCACUUCCUUGCGGAAAAAUGUGACUAUAUGGAUGAAGAGCGUCGGGAGCAGAUCUAUGGUGCCCGUGGCUACCUCAACACCGGCUUCCCAAGCUCAGGGAAGGUCUUCAAGUACGGCGUGUGGGGCGGUGCCCGCCCACUGAGCCAGGAAGAACAGGAAAAACUUAGUCAGUGUCCACAGGGUGACGCUGCAAUCGAAGCCCUGAUGAAUGCUCGGCCUCCACCGAGGACUAAGCCUUACCCCUUCGAAUCCCCUGAAGUCCUUGCUAGAGGACAUCAGGUCAUUCUUGACUCCUCUCCGCCUAAGGCGGCCAUCCUCUACCCGAUUGAGCCACCUGUGGCGGGUGCGGAUGGGGCCCUCUGGUGGAAUGGGCACCAGGUCAAAAAGCUCGUCCCGAUCUUCUCACUCGGUCAGAAGUUCUCUGAAACCCUGGGCACGUGGGAGAAGAUUAGGUCCAUUGCUAAUGAAAAGCAUGACAAUGCGACGGCGUCUGCGAUCUCGGAGCACCUGUCUCUGCCGGGCCUCCCCGUCGUUGUUGAGGCCAUUCAGUAUUGCGCUGCCCCAUCUGUGCCUGCUCCCGCUCUCUUUCUCAAGAGACAGCUCCGGCACCAGAUCAGCAUCGAAAAAGGAGAACUCACCCUCUGGGAGCACGAGCACACCAUCACGGGCGGCUCGCCGCCGAGCCCCCCGUCAACCGAUGGCGGUGACUUCUUCCCAGUGAUCAGCAAGAUUGAUUUGUGCAGCGCAUACUUCCAACUUGCAAACGAUCUUCCGUGGGGCGAGUAUGUCCUGACAUACUGGGACCCGACUUCCUGCAAAGUGUGCCACUGUGUGACCCCAGCGAUCACGUUUGGGAACCUCCACUCAGUUUUUCACUUCUGUGGUGCUGUCAGUCGCCUCAUUGAGCAGAUUUGCAGGAGACUUCUCGGCAUCCCUGUCCUGGUGUAUGUUGAUGAUAUCCUUAUCAUCUCCUCGCCAGACUUAGCCCCAGCCUAUCACCAGAUAGUGAAAGAGCUGCUCGCGAUGCUGGGAUUGCUCCAGUCGGACCGAAAGGACCACGUUGGUAAACCUGGCAAACCAACUGAAACCCUUGGGUUAGAUGUAACCCUCGAGGUCUCUCCACAAGGAAACUGUGUCGUCUGCUCAAUGCCUGAAGCAAAAAUCAGAGAUGCAGCAGAACAGUGUGACCUGGUCAUUGACAAGAUUCGGCGCAAUAGUGUCAAUCUUAGCGAUCUCCAGAAACUCCUUGGAACUGCAACGUAUCACCUAUACUGGCGCCACUACCUUCAUUGUGGCCCAGCAAUUGGGUGGUUGUACCAGUUCACGUCCCCGAGGUUCUUUAGCAUUCUCAAGAACUCUAAGGGCGUCCGCAAAUCUGCAAUCAUCUUUGCAGACCUGCUGAAGUGUGCGAUUCUCGGAGGUGCCGCUACAAAUGCGCUCCGAAUCAAACACCUCAACCUCUGCUCCGGCUCUGUUGACCUGUUCACAGAUGCGGCCCUCUCAAACAAUCAGAAAGAUGUCUGGAUGGGUGGGGUGCUAUUUGCUCACGACCUCCCGCAGCCUGUGCACUUCUCCCUGAAGUACACCAUGCACAAGUCUGCAAUCAAGUUGAUGCCGGAAAUCUUGUGCAAUCGCUUCAUCUUCUUCUAUGAACUGUUAGCGAUACACAUUGCUUACAACAUCUUCAGGAAGUGGAUUAAGCAGCGCCGCCUAUCUCUUCACUGUGAUAAUCAAGCAGCAGCUUUCUCCCUGGUUAAUGGGCACUCUGCCUGUCCCUGCGGUGCAGCGCUAACGAGAGCGAUUGUCUCCCAGGCUCACAGUGACUGCGUUGUCAUGGCUCUGCAGUGGGUCAAGAGUAAGCGAAACCCAGCUGACGCGCUGACACGGCCAGAACUCUUCCAUAGCUUCACUCGUAUCACGAACAGCGUCUCAAUUGACACCGAGAUUCCGCCCUCAGUCUGGGCAGGGGUUGUGGAUAAGGUCAAGCAAGAGGCUGCGCUAGAGAUAGAGCAACUCUCUCGUGCCGCAUCUCUGGUUGAGGAUGCCAGCGCGUGCUCGGAAUCUCGCAAGAGAUCCCGACAACAGGCUGGUCUAUGAACAGGAGCUGUCGAUAUGGCCAAUGGAGUUAAGCCUCGCGGCUCACACCAUGGCUAAUAGACGCUCCCAGUGGGCUGCUUGGGUCACUUGGUUCAACAACAAGUACCCCUUUCGGCCCUUCAUCUUCCCGCCUGGUGUUGCUGAUGUUGCCAGACUCUCAAUCCCUACGGUCACCUGUGGGUGUGAGGUCUUUGAGUUUGGAAAACAUCUCAUCGAGCAAGACCUCUCAAAAUCCUACCACCUUUACCUUGGUACGGUGCUCCAAAGGAUGCGCUUGCUCAACAAGCUCGACUUUGGCUCACCCUUUGCCCUUGAAAACCAGAAAGGCAUGUAUCGGGCCCUGAACCGAAUCCGUGACGAAUUCUCUCGGAAGAAGGCGCUCCCGGUGCCCUUUUCCAGAAUUCAGAGUCUCGCCCCUCUUGCGAGGGCGCGGGCUAAAGCCUGGAUUGGGAGUAGCCUCCGCCUGUCCUCGAUGUCAUCUGUCACUCGCAACCUCGUCCAUGUCCUCCCUAGUCACCCUCAGUUCUCUCUCGUCCUCACGACACACGUAAAGGUGGUUAAGUCUGAGGACUUGUUUGGUAACGUCCUCCCCACGAGGUUCGUGACCCCAGAGAUCUUUGAUGUGCCUGAGGGCGUCCUUCGCCGCCUAGCAGCAGACGCCAAAACCACGCCUCAUGGUUUCCGGCGCUCCGCUGCGAUGGCGGUAAGGCUGCAGUUUGUCAAGCGUGGCAUCUUUGACGUCAAAGACAUCUCCCAAACCUCUCGGGACAGAAUCUGUGAUCACUUCGGGUGGUCUAGAAAGUCCCUUGGGGCGAUGUUCCAUGGCUAUACCAAGGACUGGUCCGCCUUUACAGAAUUUCAUCUGUUUUUCCCGCAAGAAGUGAUGGACUGGCUCACAGAUGGGAACUGUGACAAGGAUCAACAGUUCCCCGACGUCUGGAAAUUCUAAAAUACGAACCUCGUUGAGAACUGGUAAUGCUCUGCCUUUCCUAGUGACUAAAUAAACAUACCUACUCUAAAUGGCCCCGCUGGCGCGCAGCAACAGCCCUCCUCGCUCAACCCGCUGCGCGAGGGCCGCCCUUCGCUUAUUGCGUGUCUGAAAUCCGACGUAUGAGCGGUAAAGAUGGAGCAAGGGUCCCUGCAGGUGUAGUGUUUUGCAUGAGGCCUGCGUUGCAGACCUCUGUCGCCCUAGCACUUGGGAUGCGCGUCGUGUGGCAGUGCCGAAACUGUCCUAGUUCACGUCCUCUGCUCCAUCAUGUGAUUCUGCCCGACCACCUCACGGUGGCCUGGGAACAUCACCUCUGUGGGGUGCAAACGCAAUGCAUCAUCACUUCGUGCAUCCCCGUGCUAGCUGCGAUUACAAGUCUACUGCGGUGCUGCCUCUAGCGUGUGCUGGCGCAGAAAGUAGAUUUACUUAUGGACUCAAUAGGGGCGAGUGCCACUGCGCCGCUCUCUAGGUGCAGUGAAAAACCCCUGUACUAAGGGGCGCCCCCAACCCCUGAAUCCGGCGUACGAACGGUAAAGGUUGACGGGCUAGCUGUGCUGAACUCCCCUAUCCGUAACUAACCUCACCUAUAGUUCUUUGCUAAGCUAUUAACUCUUUUUGCUAAGCUAUUCUGCACCCAAUCAGUGCUUCAGAUCUCCUCUCUCACACCACUCGUCUCCAGGAGAAUACUUUCCUGUCAACGUGGCUGCGGUGACCGAUUCUCUGGGUCCUGCCGAGGUGAUCGAGUUUCAAGAUUCAGCAAACCUCUCUGCUACCGCAUUCGUCUUGGACUCUAAACCUUGCGAUCGUCGAUGCAUCUGCCUCUCUGGAGGGCACGUCUCUCCGAGUGCGAUCUUCCGUUGGGGAUGCCGUACGCUGUCCCCUCAACCUCCGGUAGUGGUCUUGCAGGACGCAGGCCUCAAAAGUGAUGACCUACUGCAGACAAGUUGUUGAAUGAUGCAACCUUGUGUAUCUCCCUCUCAGCUUGAUCUAAAACAACAACCACUGUAUGGACCUACUUACCUCUUGUUCACGCCGUCUAAUCUGCUCUAACGGCCUCACCUUUUCUUUUUGCAAACGAGUGAUCCCUGUAUUAAUGCAUCAACAAGAUUCAGAAAACUUCUUGUAUGUGCCUUCAAGUUUCUUCUUCUCGUCACACGAGUAAUGACCUUUUGAUCGUCACGCGAGCUGCCGCAGGCAGCCUUUGGUACAAC